CUGGUUUUCCAAGCAUUGUCAUGUAUCCUCCGAGUGCAAAGACCAAAGAUAAGGUCGAUAAAAAGCACAUUAUCUACAUGGUCACAAGAAUCACACAAGCAUUCGCCGUGUACCCGGACCGCCCCGAGCUGAUCAACCAGAGCUCCUUGUUCAAGGUUGAAGGAACUAUUAAAGACGAGCAGCACCUCUUCUUGGAUCGUGAACUCGCUGAAGUUCUUGAUCCUCGAAUCUAUGAAACUUCCCAAGUCAGAGGAUCGUUGAUGAAUAUCUUGAUUCAACGUUCAGGCGGACCUUCGUUGCCACCGCUCAACUUUGACGGUGCCCAACCAGAUCAUAGUCAAGGACGCAGUAUGCUUUCCACCAUCCGCGAGCAAAGCACCUUCAGUACUGAUAACCGAAUGGAUGCUCCAGGUGCUAAUCCCAUGCAGAAUGGCGUCCAUAACCAGAACAACCCUCCACAACCUUUGGGUGCUCAAAAUGCUCGUCCACAAGAGAUAAAUCGGCCACCAACGGCGCCUGGUCAAGAUACCAGCGCCCCUCACUCUCCGGGUUCCUUUUCACAGACUUCUGCCAGGCAAGCCGCGGGUCAAAUGGGCCAAAGAGGAAAUGACGGGAGAACAUGGUCUCCGACUCCUUCAAACAGCAGUGGCCGUCCUCAAAUUACGAUUCCUGGCUCCCAACCUCCUCCAAAUAUGGCCGUAAAUAACGCCCAAAGAACCGGAUCGCCACUUUCGGUGGUCAAUGGCAAUCAACAGAGGCAAGAUCCUUCCAGGGUCGAUACGCCAAAUCACCAGCAUCUUCCUUCCAUACCUUCGAUGCGGACGCCACCGGCCGCUGGUGUCGCCAAUCCCAUGGAAGCCUCCCAUCCUGGGCCUAACGGGAUUUCCAUGCAACAAUCAACUAGCUGGAAUAACGCGCCUGUUACAUCUGCACCUGCCAAUACAAGGCCCAACGGUCCGCCGGCCUCUCAGCCUCAAGAACAAAGGAACAGCCAAAUAUACAAUGAAGAAGGCGCAUUGUAUAUGCUUUCGCAGAUGGAUGAGCCGCCAGAAGUGUCGCCCCUUCAAAACUUGCCCCCUCAGCCUUUGCCUCCUAGAUUAGCUGCACUUGAGAGGCAUAGAGCUAAUUCGGGAAGCAUUGAUGAUGCGGAACCGUCCCCUUUUGCUAGCACAAGUAAUACAAAUUCGCCGUUCGCUAGCACCGGAAGUUUCGCGGCGGCCGGUGCCAUGGCACCUCACCCUAACGCAUUCUCCAAUGCAUUUGCGAGCGGAAGCGGCAACGUUAAUGCAACCAGAAACACACCGACCGUAAGCGAAGGCUUGGCAAGGAUGACAUCUGAAUACGAUCGUGCACCUCAAGGGCAAACAAAAAUAGUUCAGUCCCAAAAAUCUACUUCCUCCUUACCUCGACCAGCGGACCAAUCUUCAAUGAACGCAACAAAUAAUUUAGGCCCUCCUCGCAAUGAGAGUCCGAUAGCACGAGCCACUGUUACUGCUUCACCUCUACCUCUGAGCGCGAAGCCCGCGGAGGAAACGGAAGACGUUCUGCAUAACGCAGAUGCUUUAGCGGCACUCACCUUUGCGGAAUCUCCUGAUCUACCGGAG